UUUGGUCCCGUCCCUUUCGUGCGCUGUGUGUCCGCCUGUCCUUCUCUUCCCCCUCUCGUCUCCGGGCUGCCACUGCUCGCCACCUCGCGAUUCUGCCAGCGGGAACGAAGGGAGGAAAACUCCCCGAAACAAGCAGCGAGCGAAAAUUGGUUCCGCGUCUCUGAUUUGUCUGAAUUUUCUUCUUCCUCUUUUGUCCUUGGGAGGAAGAAUGCGCCGGACGGGGUCGAUUCGAGAGCAUGAGUCGAUUUGAGCGAGUCCCAGCAGCAGCAGCAGCAGGAGCAGCAGUCUGUCGGGACGCGAGGUGAAAUUUUCCGAGGACUCGUCGGGGUCGGAAUUAGGUGUUCGGGAGGCAUUCGGACUCGGUGGAACGAGAGGCAGGCACGGGGCGUGGACAAGAGAGUUGGAAAUCCCGGAGCUUUCCUGCCGGGGUGUAAGAGACGGCAAGGAUGGGGAGCACCAGUAAGGGUGUGCCGAUCAUGCCGGCUCUGGUACCGCAGCUGGAAUAUCUCAGGACUUACUCACCUGUGCCUAUCCGGAUAGAGCACAUUCGUAGAGGGCAUCACAAUGCGCCCUAUGCCGAUCGUUUCACUGCAUGUAUUCCUUGCUGUCUCGAUCAUAUCAAAUGGGACGUUGUAUACAAUUAUCAGACGCCAGAUUUACCCCCAGAUGUUGUUUUUGGAGCCGAUGAUCAAGACUUUCAGCCUCUUCUGUUUGUGGGAGACGAUAAUGCAGCAGCUCAGGCAGCUGCACUCGGUGCCUGGACUAUCUUGCGCGAUUGGACAGCAAAGGAUUACUCAAGAUUACUACGCUUUCUUUUGGAAUUAAGAUCGCUCUACUUGCGUCAUCAAAGAAAGCGGGUGGAGUUUGUAGAGGACCCUCGAGUCAGAUUCGAGAUUGGAACCAUUAGCGCUAUGGAGGGCCUGGAGAUGCGGAUUUUCACAGGAGCAGAUAGGUCAGAAGAAGUUCAAUUCGCCAUUCCCUUGGACAUCGAUCUCACUCAAAUAUCAAGACGCUUAGGAACUUCUUCAGCGAAACUAUGGAGCGGUAUAUCGCUGCAAGUGGCAUUUUCUCUCCAAAGGGGACAAACAUUUACGGGAGAAAAAGCACCACAACUGAGACUACAUGCUCCCCCAGCUAUGAGGGAUGUCUUUGAUGUGGAGGAUGUUAAGCUUCCAACAUGGGCAGAUCGAAUGUGCUUGAUGGAGUACGUUCCAAAUGUGCAGGAUAUUCUAAAAGCUCAGGUCCGUGAGGCCAUCACCUCAGUUGGCAUGAGGAGAAGUUUCCUAGAAGCACUGGGACCAGUUUUUGGCAGGCCUCUUGAGUUGGAAACGAACCUUUUUCGAAGAGUAUCUAUCAUGGUUACGUCUGGACUAUUCUGCUUCCUGAUUCACUUCUCGCUGCCAACUCAGUUUCCCAAACAACAGCCUACCCUCACGUUCCAAAGUUCUCAGCAUUUUGAUGCGAGGGGGAGACCGAUCAUGUCUCGACCUUACACUGAAUACCCUUGGAGUCCUCGAUGGGAGCCUAGUCAUAUGGCCCAACGCAUAUUCGAGUUUGCCCUUGAUGAGUGCGAUAAGUUCAAAAAAUACUGCAAUGAUAUACUUCAACAACACCGUUGAAGUACUGAGGUGCGAGCUGGAGUUUUUAGCACUGACGGGGAGCUGAUAUUCCGACCAGAAUUGAAGUCGAGAGGGGAAAUUCAUUCAUCCUGGAUGUCCUUCAGAGGACCGGAAAGGUAGUGAUACGUCCUGCAUGCAUGGCUCCGUGAGCGGAGGAUGGUGAGCAUAAUGGUUCCGAAGACCAUGCUUUGUAAGUAAAAAUUUGUACGUUAGGUUAAGCAGAUUCUUGGGCACCCGUCCUUACUAUGUAGGGGGAACUAAAGCUGUAUUGCCGUCGUCUCUUACUUCGCAUUGUAAAGCUAUCAGCGGACGGCGUGCUUCCGAAGCACAUUCUUUUAUCUCUUUAUAUGCAACUUAUGCUGGAUUGAUGGUCGACAUUCUGGACCUUUUAUUCAACCCCUCAUGGUUCUGUUUCAUGACCCUAGCUGAUUUCACUCCUCAUAUUUUAGGUCAGUUCUGUGAGCUUGUCUUUAGAACAGGCAGAGCCCAUUGGCGUCUCGAGUAAGCCAUUUCCAUCUCGAACAUAUUUCUGAAAAGAAAACCUCAUAAGUUUGAAAUGUCAUGCCAACCACAUUUGUAAUACAGAAAAUGA